AUGGAUGCUAAUUCUUCACAUGCUUCUGUGAAUCCGCCCACCACCACCACUCCUACUACUAAUACGAGAUCAGAUGCCAAUACAACUAGUGUAAGUGCAAAUAAAGACCUUUCUGAAAAUGAUGAUGAGCAAGACGAUACCCCACAACCAAAAGUUAAAAAAAGAAAGUUUGUAAGUUCUAGUAAUGUACGGGGUCCUAUUGAUGAUGUUUAUAAGCCGGAUCAUGGAAAAGGAAAGCAAACUACAUUGAAUAAGAAUAAUCCAAUUAAAGAGAAGUUGAAGAAGGUAGCUCGGAAAAAGAUUGCGGUUUGGGCUUACUCGGUAGGCUUACCUUUCAAUGCCGUACGUGAUGAAGGUUUCCAAGAUGCGAUCAAUGCCAUUGGAGAAUAUGGAAGAGGCAUGCCGGCUCCAAGUUAUCAUAAUAUGCGGGUGACAUUGUUAAAGGACGUGUUAGAAGAUACCCACAAAUCUUUGAUCAAUUUUUUAGUCAAUUGUCCUACUGGUACAGUUUUUCUAAAGUCGAUUGAUGCAUCAGAGCAUAUACAUAAUGCUGAAUAUAUUGUGAAGAAGGUAAAUGAGGUGAUAGCAGAAGUUGGAGAGGAAAACGUUGUGCAGUUUAUUACAGACAACGGUUCAAACUACAAAGCUGCAGGAAAGAUUUUGGAAGAACAACAUCCAAAAUUAUUUUGGACUCCAUGUGCAGCACAUUGUGUGAAUCUCAUUGUACAAGAUAUUGGGAAGAAAGAAGCAACAAUCAUUACCGCUUUGAAUGAAGCAAGAGCUAUUGUGGUUUAUAUUUAUAACUAUGGAAGGAUUCUCAAUAUGAUGAGAAAGUUGACAAAGAAUAGAGAGUUGCACAUGUCUUGUGUAACUAGAUUUGCUACCCAAUUUUACACCUUACAGAGUGUCCGUGAGAAUCGACACCAUCUCCAAGUUUUGUUUGUAUCUGAGCAAUGGAGAAAAAGUGAUUUUGCAAAGAAAGCUCGUGGAAAGAGAGUUGAGAAGAUAGUAUCAAAGCAAUCUUUUUGGGAUGGUGUAUAUUUAGCUUGCCAAAUAUAUGCUCCAUUGGUGGAUAUUGUUCGUUUGGUUAACACAGAAGAAAGACCGUGCAUGGGGUACAUAUAUGAUGCGAUGAGUCGAGCACAAGAUCAAAUAAGCAAAAUUCUAAAUGAUGGGAAUAAUGACAAAAAAAGACUGGCAGGUAGAAUUUUGUCUAUCAUUCAAACAAGAUGUAACGACCAACUUCUUCAUCCCUUACAUGCAGCUGGGUGUUUCCUUAAUCCUGCAAUUUUUCAUGGAGAUAAGUCAAAGGAAUAUGAGGCCAAUAAACAGAUUAUGACCGGACUUUAUGUUGCUAUUGACCGUCUUGUUCCCGAUGAAGAUGAAAAUGAUACUUUGAGACAAGAAUUGAAUCUCUACAUUGAUUUAAGUGGACAAUUUGGAUCCCCAGCUGCUAAAAGGAGUAUGACAAAAGUUGCACCGUAUAUAUGGUGGCGUUCUUAUGGGAUAGAUACACCUAUCUUACGAAAGUUUGUUAUCACGGUUCUUAGUCAAACUUGUAGGGCUUCACCUUGUGAACGAAAUUGGAGUACAUUUGACAACCUACAUUCUAAGAAAAGAAAUUGUCUUUUGCAACAAAAACUAAAUGAACUUGUAUUCAUCCAAUACAACACAAGGUUGCAAAAGCGCUUCAUGUCUUUACAAAACAAAUCUUUGGAUCCUAUUUUGCUACGAGAUGUUGAGGAGAAUGAUGAUUGGACAAUACCAACAGAAGAUGAGCUUCAAGACUUUGUGGAUGAUGGUGAUGACCUUCUUUGGUCAGAUGUGCAAGAAGCAAUGGGAGUGAAUGUAGACGCUCAACCAAAUAUUAGGAGCAAACGAGAGCGUUAUAGAGACGAUGAUGGUGAUGAUAUUACAGAUGUGGGGAACGAUCUUGAUGAAGAAGUGAAUGCUUUGGAUGAUGUUGACUCGGAAGCCGAACCCGUGCCAUGCGAUUAA